UGCUUCCCUCUUAUCCACUGUAAAACAAGGGACCAUUUUGAGUGCUGUAUCCAGAAACUAAGCCCUAACUGCAGAGGUACUGUUGGCGCUAAAGGUGGCUAAUUCGCACUAUUCCUACAAGUCUUGUGAAGACACAGGCCAGCUUUUUCAGACUAUGUUCCCAGACAGCAAAAUAGCAGCCAGCUUUGCAUGCGGCGAACGCAAGUGUUCAUAUUUAUGCCCUUUUGGACUGGCUCCUUAUUUUAAGAAACUGACUUUGGCAGAUGUAUCGAAGCAAAGCGUCUAUGUUAUGCUCUUUGAUGAAAGCCUGAAUCACUAUUUAUGGUCUAAACAGUUAGACAUGCAUGCCAGGCUAUGGAACUGGUCCGAGGUGAAGACUAAAUACAUCGGCUCAGAGUUUAUGGGCCAUUCAUCAGUUCAAGACAUCACUGAAAAAGUCAAUAACUUGCUCUCAGAGAUCGGAAUCAAGAAUCUUGUCCAGAUCUCAAUGGACGUCAACUGGAAAGUAUUCAAAAUACUCCAGAAGCAAGUGCAGAAAGAUGCAGGAAAGUCCCUAAUUAACAUCAGUUCAUGCAGGUUGCACAUACUGCACAAUGCGUUCAGAGAUGGAUAUAAAUCCAUCGGAUGGGAAGUUGAACAAGGACUCUCUAGCUUGUAUUGGCUGUUCCAUGAUUGCCCUGCAUGUCACGAAGAUUUUAUGACAGCAACCGUUUGUAAAACUCCCAUGCUUAAAUUUUGUAAGCACCAGUGGAUUGAGAAUGUCAACGUUUCAGAAAGAGGAUUGCUACUCUGGCCAAACAUCAAACAAUACAUCCAGAUGGUAGAGAGAGGUGAACUACCCAAUCCAAAAGUAAAGUCAUUUGAAGAGGUGAAGAUGCGCUGUGCUGAUACUCUCUUCCCAGUGAAAGUGGGAAUAUUCGACAGCAUUGCGAGAAAAGUCGACCCCAUCCUCACUAUGUAUCAGUCCGACCAACCAAUGCUGCCGUUUCUCUGCGGUGAUAUGUACAAACUGAUUAAAGGCAUCAUGGGACGAUUUCUGAAGGAAAAGCAUCUGGAAGAGGCCACAUCCACUCUAAAGCUCCUCCAUGUCCCUUUUCAAGGCAGCAGUCUGCACAAGGACAGUUCUCAGAUUGAUAUUGGGUUUGCAGCAGAAGCCACCCUGACCCAACUCAAGUCUUCCAAAAAAAUUUCAGAUAGGCAGAGACUAGAGAUUUAGAUGGACUGCAAGAAACUCUUGAUCACACUCCUUGAGAAGUUGCUGAAAAAGGCUCCAGUGCAUCCCACAUUAGUGAGAAGCAUGCAGUGCCUUGACCCAAGACGCAUGGCUGAAAGUAAGGAACUCUGCGUAACUCAAAUGAGAAGGAUGUUGCACAUACUUGUUGAAGCUAAACAUGUAAAUGAGGCAGUGUGCAACGAUAUUCUUAGAGAGUUUAGAGAGUUUUGUGAUUUGGCUGCUCUUCAGGUUAAAUUCAGGGAAUUUGACCCCAAAACCACUCGAGUGGACACCCUGCUGUAUGAGACAAUGGGAACAAAACCAUCACUUUCCAGAGUGUGGAAUGUGGUGAAGAUUCUUCUUGUCUUAUCACAUGGGCAGGCAAGCGUCGAAAGAGGUUUUUCAAUCAACAAAGAAUUAAUAGUUGAGAAUCAGAGGGAAAGAUCUCUAGUGGCUCAGAGUCUCAUUGUUGACCAUGUCAGAUCUGUAGGGGGUGUAAUCAAGGUAGAAAUCGCAAAGGAGCUGCUCCUUUCAGCUGCAGGAGCCAGGCAGAAGUACCAUGGGUACCUGGAUGAAGAGAAGUGAAAGAAAGAACAAUAAUCUGUUGACUUGAAGAGGAAGGCCUUCAGAGAUGAGCUGGAAGAUUUGAAAAGAAAAAAAAAAGGGUUAGGAUAGAGGUGGACAUUUGUGCUCUUGAGAAAUCAGCAGAUGAAUAUGCUGAAAAGGCUGAAUCUUCAGGCAAUCUGACCUUAAUUAGCAAAUCCAACAGUUUCCACCGUACUGCACAACAAAAGAAAGCAUCUUUGCUCAAAAUUGAAAAACAGAUU